AUGGGAAGUAUGAAUUGUACUACUGUUACAUUAGUACCUAAGGGGCCUAAUCCCAAUCAUGCUAAAGAGUUUAGACCUAUUUCUUGUUGUACUACUAUGCACACGCUUAUUGGUAAAAUCUUGACUACUAAGCUUAAAAUAGUAGUGGAUAGUUUAGUAGGGCCUUCAGAAUUUGCUUUUAUAGAGGGGAGAAGCAUCUUAGACAAUGUAAUUGUAGCUCAUGAACUGAUUAAAGGCUAUGGGCAGAAGCAUGUGUCACCUAAAUGUUGCGUGAAGAUAGAUCUUAGGAAAGCCAACGAUUCUGUAGAGUGGGGCUUUCUAAGAAUGAUUCUGAUUGAAUAUGGACUGCCAGACAAGAUGGUGCAAUGGAUCAUGGCCUGUGUCUAUACAGUGAGCUAUUCAUUAUUGAUUAAUGGAUCUUUGGCAGAUGAGUUCAAAGCAAAAAAAAGGACUCGGACAAGGGGAUCCUAUGUCCCAUUAUAUGUUUGUCCUAGUUAUGGAAUACUUAAAUAUAUCCUUAAAGCAAUUGAGACAUAA